AUUUUAUUGAAUAUUAUUAUGAGAACGUACCAUUUACCAGAUUUUUAAUACUUGUACCUACAUACAAAGAUUUAAGUGAGGAUGACAAUGAUGAAAACUUUCGACAUAAGCAAAUAAGAUCAAUAUAAUCUUUAUAAAAAUGAAGAGGGGUGUGGUGUCGAUUAUAAAUACUAAGACACUUGCUGAAAACAGCACAGUUUGAGCUUACCUUAACCAUACUUUUCAAACACAAUGAAAUUGAUCAUCGUCAGUUUGGCCUUCUUGUCAGUCUGUUACGGACGUCCCGCUGACGCACCAACAGCCAGUGAUGCUCCAAUUGCUAUCGUUAAAUUUGAUAAUGAAGGAGUAAACGCUGACGGAUCUUACAAAUGGAGCUUUGAAUCGGCGAACGGAAUCAAAGCUGAAGAACAAGGAUCUUUCAAACCAGGUGCCAGCGACGGUGAAAGUAUAGCAGAAGUUUCAGGACAGGUUGAAUAUAAAGGCGAUGACGGUAAUCCAAUCCAUCUAACCUACGUAGCUAACGAAAACGGUUUCCAACCUCAAGGAGAUCAUUUACCUACUUCUCCUCCAAUCCCUCCAGCGAUUCAGAGGUCUUUGGACUAUUUAGCUGCCAAUCCUCAACCCGAAGAUGAUGCUACAUCAAGACGAAAAUAAAUUCAAGAAUAAUAAGGUUCUUGUAAAGAAAAAUUGACCGAAUUCAGUCAACAUUUGGAAAACUUUUCAUCAUAUUAUUCUAUUUAUUUGUAGUUUUGAAUGGGCAUGUUACUUAUUUUUAUAUUUGAUGUACUUUUUUACUUAUAUAUGUGAAUAAAAAAUUG